GCCGAGACUUCGAUCCAGAAUGCCCAGAAGACGGUGCCUAUGGAAUCGUCGGCCCUCCCAACAGUGGUUGGUGGCACACCGAUUCAGGCGACCCGAGCUGCCACGGCCACGGCCACAUCGGCGCCCUCCUCGGACUCGCAGGACUCUGGUCUGAGUGGUGGUGCACAGGCCGGCUUGGCCAUUGGAAUCAUUCUUGCUAUUGGACUCGUCUGCGGGCUUCUGUUCUUCUGCUGGACACGAAAGAAGCGUGUCGCUCACCCGGAGGCACUGAACGAGAAGCAUGGCAGCUUCGCCGAUGUGGGCGCACGAUCCGCGGAGGCUCAUGGUACACCUGAUGGCAUGGCAGGAGGUAUGGUGGCUGGUGGUGCUGCUGCAGGCGCUGCAGCUGCCGCCAACAGACGCGACUCUAGCAUGUCUGAGAAGGUCCCAUCCAGCAUUCGAUCCUCGCGCACCGCCUCGACCGCCCCGCGUCUCAGCCUCCGUCCUGUCACCCAAUUCCUCCCGAUGAUUGGCGACAAGAACAGUGGUAACGCGAACGCGGGCCCUACGUCGGACCCAUUCGCUGAUGCUUCAGAGCAAGGCCGAUCAGGAACCCCACCAUCCAACCCAUUCGAAGAACAGCGCAGAUCAAAUGAAUCGCUCAACGGCGCCGUCGUGGCGGCAGGUGUCGCAGGUACAGCCGCCGCGCACGCCAACGGUCAGAAGCACAGCCCCAAGGGUUCUUGGGAAGGUCGCGAGCCAGCCACGCCUACCAACGCUACCGCUGGUAAUAUGGCAGCCGCGCCUGUUGCUGCAGGUGGUCCUAAUGCCGGUUCUCCUCGUCAACCCAACAAUGUUCACCGCGUUCAGCUCGAUUUCAAGCCCAGCAUGGACGACGAGCUGGAGCUUGUUUCUGGUGCUCUGGUUCGCUUACUCCACGAGUACGACGACGGAUGGGCGCUCUGCAUCAGCAUGGACCGUAGCAAGCAAGGUGUCGCGCCACGUACCUGUCUGUCUAAGCUACCCGUCAAGCCACGGCCUCAGGGCCCACCUCCGCCACAAGGCCACCGCCCUUCACCACAAGACUCGCCCCGUGGUCCCCCUCCAAGUGCUGGCCGUUCAUCCAAUUCGCCUGGCCCAUACGGACCUCCUGGUGCAAUGCAGCCCCGCCCGUUGACUCCGCAAUCGAACAGGACUCCGUCUCCUUCGGAGCACGGAACCCCCGUUCAGGCUGCGGUUUCUCAAGCUGCAUCUCAGGCUCCCCAAAGGAAGCCAGUGCCGGGAAUGGCGAUGUAGACGAUCCGAACCGUCAGCAUGACUGGAACGAUCGUUUGCGGAUCCUUUCCCUGGCAUUUAUGAAUUACGUCCUGCAAUUCACGAAUACUUGUCAAUACAAGGGGUUCGGAGUACAAGUCCCUCAGUCUCAUCAACAUACAAGGAAAGUGUCCUGCGUCGUGUCAAUCCCCCCUGCACCGUCAAGAAAACCAGCAUCACUCAUUCUCGUCCCUCCUACUCUACCGCACAGGUCCGCUGCUACCAGCACGCUUGAAACGUGGGGAGAGGUGAGCAAGCUCUAUCGAGGAUCUGAUGCCGGCGAUCGAGCCAUGCUUUCCUACUAGCACACAGCACACGAAUUUGAUCUUUUUUUCCACUGUAAGAAUGCAAAGCGGGACGGUUAUUGUGCAUAAUGUUUGUCUCUCACCUUCCUGACGAGGUCGAUGGGUAUCGUGGAGUGUGGAAGUCAACACGCCGGUGCUUGAUGUGCCUUUUUUGUCUGCUUCUUACAGUUCGGCGGUGGUGGGGGAUGUUCGCGCGUCUCUUUUCUCUUCUGGGGGCACGCAAGUGCUCCUCUCUGUAUGUAGAUUACUUAACGGGAAAUGCAAGCAAUCAAGAACAUGAAGUGACUAUUAUCC